AUGUCAGACGAGUGGAAACAAACUUUAAACAUUCCUGUCAAAGACAGUAGACCUCAAACUGAAGAUGUCUUGAACACAAAGGGGAAGACAUUUGAAGACUUCAAUUUGAAAAGAGAAUUGUUGAUGGGUAUUUUCGAAGCUGGUUUUGAAAAACCCUCCCCAAUUCAGGAAGAAUCUAUUCCAAUGGCCUUGGCUGGAAGAGAUAUAUUGGCCAGAGCCAAGAAUGGGACAGGUAAGACUGCAUCCUUCGUUAUUCCAUGUUUACAACAAAUAAAACCAAAAGUAAACAAAAUCCAAGCUUUGAUCUUGGUACCUACUAGAGAAUUAGCAUUACAAACUUCACAAGUUGUAAGAACAUUAGGAAAGCACUUAGGUAUCCAAUGUAUGGUUACCACCGGUGGAACUCAAUUGCGUGAUGAUAUUAUGAGAUUAAAAGAUCCUGUCCACGUUCUUGUUGGUACAUUAGGUAGAGUUUUAGAUUUAGCCACAAGAAGGUGUGCAGACUUCUCAGAGUGUCCAUUAUUUGUAAUGGAUGAAGCCGAUAAGAUGCUUUCAAGAGAAUUUAAGGGAAUAAUUGAACAAAUUUUGGAAUUCUUUCCUGAAAACAGACAAUCUUUGUUAUUUUCAGCUACUUUCCCUCUUGCUGUCAAGUCAUUCAUGGAUCAACACUUGAACAAACCAUAUGAAAUCAAUCUUAUGGAUGAAUUAACGUUGCGGGGUAUAAGUCAGUUCUAUGCCUUCGUAGAGGAAAAGCAAAAAUUGCAUUGCUUGAACACGUUAUUUAGUAAACUUCAAAUUAAUCAAUCGAUUAUAUUCUGUAAUUCUACCAAUAGAGUUGAAUUAUUGGCAAAGAAGAUCACUGAAUUGGGAUACUCCUGUUAUUACAGUCAUGCUAAGAUGCCGCAACAGGCUAGAAACAAGGUUUUCCAUGAAUUUAGACAAGGUAAGGUUCGUAACUUGGUUUGUUCUGAUUUAUUGACCAGAGGUAUUGAUAUUCAAGCGGUUAAUGUGGUUAUCAAUUUCGAUUUCCCUAAGACUGCUGAAACCUAUUUGCAUAGAAUUGGUCGUUCUGGUAGAUUUGGUCACUUAGGUUUAGCUAUUAACUUAAUGAGUUGGAACGAUCGUUACAAUAUGUAUAAGAUUGAACAAGAAUUGGGUACCGAAAUUAAACCAAUCCCUCAAGUUAUUGACAGAGGCUUGUACGUUGCUGAAAACGAAGAUGCCGUUCCAAGACCAUUUAAAAUUGACGAAUUACCAAAGGGAAAUGAAUCUCAAGUUAAAGGAUAUGCUUACAGAGGACAACCAGAUCAAAGUGAGAAACCAGCGCCAGCUCAAGUGCCAGCAUAUGGUCAAGUUCAGGCUCCAUACCCCCCUCAGCAACAUUUUCAACAAGUCCCACCACAACAAUUUCAACAAGCUCCUCCUCCACAACAAUUUCAAGCUGGACCACCAGGUGGGUAUCAAGCACAUCCACAAUAUAGUCAAUAUCAACAGCAGGCUCCACAGGAACCAGCACAACCUCAACAGUAUUAA